GAAGAAGAAGCAGCAGACCAAAUUGUAGUUGUAUUAUUUAGUGCUAGAAAUUGUGAAUUUUGGCCAAUUACUAUAAAAUUGUAAUGUGCUGAAGAUCUUGGCAAAUUCGUGCGGUAGCCGAGUGUUAGUAUAGUGUGAAAAGCAAAUCGCGUACGAGUGAACUAUGAUCCCUACUGGCCACCGUAGCAACGGUGCCCCUGCAUUUUAGCGAAAGGAAACACUAAAUGCCCAAUAAAAAGCGCACGCGCGCAUAAAAUGCACUAUUAAAGGCCUGAGAACUUAAAGUUUUUCAUUGCAAACAGCUGGAGCAAGGCGACAGUAUCACAAAUUGCAUUGGCUGAAAAGGAAUUACAUAAAAGAAGUCAAACGAACGACAUGAGAGCCUCAAUUCCGCCCGGCAUUCGAGUUGUGCGCGGACCCAAUUGGAUCUGGUCGAAUCAAGACGACGGAGAAGGUCACGUUGGAACCGUUUGCGAAAUUGGACGUUGCGGAUCGACACAUUCGCCGGAAAACACUGUCGUCGUUAACUGGGAUUCCGGACACCGGACAAACUACCGUGUGGGUUACCAGAAUCAGUACGACUUGAUAAUUGUGGAUAAUGCUCAAGUUGGAGUUCGUCACUCGAAUGUCGUCUGCGAUGGAUGUUCCAAAGCUGGCAUCGCCGGCAUAGUAUUCAAGUGCGCCCAGUGUGCCAACUACCAUUUGUGCGCCUACUGUUACGCGGAAGAUCUGCACGACUUAGAGCACCCUUUCGUUCGCUACACCACUCCCAAUUCGCUGGGCGUGCGAGUACCAACAAGAAAGGGCUCUAAGCGCAUCCAACUGCGUGGAAUCUUCGUAGGAUCCAAGGUUGUACGUGGUCCUGAUUGGGAGUGGAGCGAACAGGACGGUGGUGAGGGUAAGACGGGUCGGGUAAUGGAAAUCAGGGGCUGGGACAACGAAUCGUGUCGCAGCGUAGCCAACGUAUCGUGGGUAACCGGAUCAACGAACGUCUAUCGUCUGGGCCACAAGGGUAACGUGGACCUGAAGUACAUAACUGCCACUUGCGGCGGUCACUACUACAAGGAUCACAUGCCCGUUCUGGGACAGCCGGAGGAGUUGCAGCCAGUGGCGCCGAUGGUGAAGCCAAGCUUCUCUGUGGGCGACCGGGUCAAGGUUUGCCUGGAGGUCGAUGCCCUGAUGAAGUUGCAGCAAGGCCAUGGUGGAUGGAAUCCGCGCAUGGUCGAGCACUUGUCUAAACUGGGCACCGUUCAUCGCAUCACGGACAAGGGUGAUAUACGCGUUCAAUAUGAAAACUGUCCCAAUAGAUGGACCUUUCAUCCCGCUGCUCUCGUAAAGGUUGUGUCCUUUCGUGUCGGGGAUCUGGUCACUAUUAUCAACGAUGCUAACAAGGUUCAGCAGCUGCAGAAGGGUCAUGGGGAAUGGAUCGAAAUCAUGCGACAUGCCCUGGGGAAAAUUUGCAAGGUUGUAAAAGUUUACUCUGACGGUGAUCUUCGCAUCCAGCAGUUAGACGAUGGCUUCGAAUGGACUCUUAAUCCGAAAUGUGUCAAACUGGAGCGUUCGCCGCUGGCCACGGCAGCUGAGCGCUCCAACAGUAUGAUGGACCUGAGCCACCGUCGAGCGGACCAUGUAAUGACGCCGCUCUCUGGGCUCUCAGGUAGUUCGGUUGCCGACAAGCUGGUGCGAGAAGCCGCCCAGGGCCAUCUGGAUUUCGUGCGCCAGUACCUUGACGUAAAUCCCGGCCAGGUGGACGUCAUGAGUGGUGGCAAGGCUUGCAUUCAGGUGGCCUCGCAUCAGGGCUACGUCGAUCUUGUCAGCUACCUCAUCUCCAAGGGUGCCAACGUGAAUGCAGUGGACAAGGAGGGCGAUUCCGCUCUUCAUUACGCAGCAUUCGGCAAUCAACCGGCUACCAUGCGUGUGUUGUUACAGAACGGUGCUGAGGUAAACUUCCUUAACUCCAGCCACUGUUCUGCUCUGCACAUUUGUGCGCACAAAAAAACGCCUCACUGCGUUCGCGAGUUGCUGCAGCACAACGCCAACGUAAACAUCCAGGACUCUUACGGUGAUACUGCACUCCACGACGCAAUCGGCAAAGAGAAUACGGAAGUGGUGGAGUUGCUCUGCAAUGCCCCUAAUCUGGACUUUACGGUGAAGAAUAAUCGCGGAUUCAACGUGCUCCAUCAUGCAGCUCUUAAGGGGAACGUGGUGGCCGCCCGUCGCAUUCUGUUACUCUCCCGCCAGCUGGUCAAUGUGCGCAAGGAUGAUGGCUUUGCGGCCCUUCACUUAGCGGCUCUGAAUGGACAUGCCCAGGUGGUGGAAACGCUGGUCACAGAGGGACAAGCGGAGCUUGAUAUUCGCAACAAUCGCCGUCAGACGCCUUUUCUACUGGCCGUCUCGCAGGGUCAUGCAGGGGUGAUUGAGCGACUCGUGCGGCUCUCCUGCGACGUAAACGCGAAGGACGAGGAUGGAGACAAUGCCAUGCACCUAUGCGUAAUUAAGAAAUCCAAUUUACAGUCAGCCGCCGAACCGCAGCCCGAAGAGGCACCUGAGAUCCACAAAUUUUACCUGAGUCUAGUGCAGACGAGCGUUCGGCCAGAAGAUCGCUUGAUGUACAGCAUCCUAAUUUACCUUUCGAGGUCUGGUUGUCGAGUGGAGCUAAACAACGCCAAUGCCAGCAUUUUUGAGUGGAUUACGGACCGCAACAUCAGGCAGCUGAUCUUUGGGCAGCAGCAGGGCGAAGCAGAGUCCUUACCAAGGAACCUUCAAGCCCUCGAAAUGUCAUCUGCCUCUGGAGAGGAAGUUAUUGUGCCCGCUGGAGCAGAAUCUAAUGGAGCCGGACCUGCAAGUGUAGCAGCACCCCUGCCACCCCAGCGACAGCAAUUAGAUCUAAUGCCAAAGCCAAACGAGAUUCCAUCAGUGUCAGCAGCAGGAGCUCCAUCCACACCCUCUGCCUCGCCGGGCGUUAAGAAACUAAAUUCAGAUGCAAUGCAACAAAAUGUCUCACCGCAGGUAGCGCCACGCAAGAAGGCGCCAAAGCCACCGGUUUCUUGUACCUCCAGCAGCACGGCGUUGGAGGCCGGGGCGGCGGGUCCCAGUCCCAGUCCGGUGAUUGUGUCCGGACCCCAGGAGUGCAUUGUUUGCAAUGAGAUCUUGCAGUUGGUGCGGUUUGAACCGUGUCAGCACCAGAUAGCCUGCGAAGAGUGCGGUAUCCGAAUGAAGAAAUGCCUUCGCUGCGGUGUAGUAAUUGAGCGCCGGUUGACGGCCAGCGGUCGGGUAGUAGCCCUGCCCACAUCCACGUCGUCGCCUAGUGACCCUACACGCCUGCCGUCCGGGGAUUUGCUGCGCUACCUAGAGAACAAGGUGCAAGAGUUUGAGGAGUCACACUUCUGCGGCAUCUGCAUGGAACGCAAGCGGGACGUGGCCUUUCUAUGUGGUCACGGAGCCUGCUCCCAUUGUGCCGAAACGCUCCGAACAUGCCACAUGUGUCGCAAGACAAUACUCAAGAAGAUCAACCUGUACUGAGCGGCAAAAACGGAGACGAUAUCAGGAUCAGCAGCAAUUAAACCAGCAACCAAAGUGGCUUGUAUAU